AUGCGGUCUUUCGUAGCGCUGGUUGCGUUCAGCUACGCGCUCGCCUCACACCCGAUCACGACGGCCGAGGAGGAGGUGACGAUGAGCAGACUGAGGCGGUACAAAGGAGGUGGUCGUAAUCUAAUUGAAGAUUCGAUAGACACGACGCCCUGGAGAGAGGAUUACACACCGGGAGAAGUAACUGCAGUACAGUACCAGGGGGAGCGCACUCACGGUGUCUGGCCCCUCUCCGCGGGGACAGUAGUGCUCCAUCGACCGGGAAUUGUUGGCCCGAUUUACUCUUUUGAUGGUGGCAUGAAGACCUUCAAGCGCCGUAACGUGGCUUUUGAAUCCGGUGUGAAAAUGAAAAAGAAAAACGCUGUGUUUGUCGUCCAAGCUGGUGGCGUACUUCGUAAUGUGAUUAUUGCUGGCGGAGGCGGCAUCUUCUGCGAGACACACAAUUGUGCGCUCGUGAAUGUGUGGUUCAAGGACUCGGUUCAGGCAGCUCUGCACAUUAACUCAGGCACAGGAAUUACGACUGUUACUGGUGGAGGGGCCAAGAAUGUAGCCGGCCGAGUCAUUUUUGGUCAGGCUUCUGGCACGGUUGUUGUCAGCGGUGGCUUUCACAUGGAGCACUCGGGUAUGCUGUUUGAGUCGUGUAGCACGUGUGGACCCGCUAAGCGUGGAAUUGUCGUGGACGGGGUGGUGAGUUUGAACCCGACGGCGGAGCUCAUUCGUGUGAAUAGCAACUACGAUGACAGAGGAACUAUUGCCAGUGCUACCAUUACCACGACGGAUGCUGAUUACCCAUUAUGCACGCUAUACAAUGGAGGAGUCGUCCCCCAGAAGCUGGGAACUGGAGCUUUUCCUCCAAUCUGUUCGUUCAGUAGAUCGAAUGUGAAGAUCAAACCUGUGGAGCAGGCAGUGUGA